ACCCCCUCUUCUCCUCAUUAUUCAUUCUUCCAUUCUUCUUUUCCAAUUAUUAAUUCUUUUUCUCAUCUCUCUUUCUCACCCAUCAUAUAACAACCACAAUCAUCCAUGGCUAAUUUUUCAAUAGCUCUGUCUCUCUUCACCUUUCUCCUCCUCUUCAUCAGCUUCUCAGAGGCUAGAGAGAUUUUAGUCGGAGGCAAAUCCAAUGCCUGGAAAAUCCCUUCUUCUCAAUCUCAAUCUCUCAAUCAAUGGGCUGAAACCUCUCGCUUUCGCAUUGGCGACACUCUCGUGUGGGAUUACGAAGAUGGGAAAGAUUCGGUACUGAAAGUGACGAAGGAAGAUUAUGAAGCCUGCAAUACCGAAAACCCUGAACAGAGAUUCGAAGAUGGGAAGACGAAGGUGGAGCUAGAGAAGCCAGGACCAUUUUAUUUCAUCAGUGGGGCAAAGGGUCACUGCGAGCAGGGCCAGAAGCUGAUCGUUGUGGUCGUGACACCUCGCCGGAGGUUCAUCGGGAUCUCACCUGCGCCUUCUCCGGCGGAAAGUGAGGGUCCUGCGGUUGCUCCGUCGAGUGGAGCUGGUAAUUUGAAGGUUGGGCUUUUGGCGGUGGUUGUAGGAAUUUUGGGUGUUGGUGUUGGUUUGGUUUGAGGAUUGGAACUGAUCGAUUUGGGGUUUCUUUCUCUGGGUUUUGUUUGAUUUAGAAUUGGAUGAUUAAAAAAAAAAAUAUAAUAUAUUCAUUGAUUUUUCCAUAUUGAAA